AGCUGCAAGAAUCUCUUUUCUCUACCGACCUGAUUCCAAAGACUGGUGAGCGACUGCAUGCCUGCUUUCUGAGAUCAUGGCGUGGUACUUGGCUUCAAGACCCUGACGGAAAGCGGCCUUUCACUGACGGAAUACAUCCUUGCAGAAAAAUAUCAGAGAUUUCUGUUUCUCCCAACCACUGAAAAAGAAGACUGUUAACACACAAUGGGCCAAGAACCUCAAAAUAAACAAAGAGGCCAGCAUUCCCACCUGAUCCCUUGGGCCCUUGCUAUUUUUUUCAUCUCACUCCUCAGUGCUUGUUUUAUUGCAAAUUGUUUGGUGACUUAUCACAACUUUAUACACUGCAAGAGAAGCAUGGGAAUGUUCAAGUUACCAGAGUAUUACACGAAGAUAACAUGCACCAGAGAGGAAUCAAAACAGAAAGGAAGCACCUGGAAUUGCUGUCCUACUGGCUGGAGAUCCUUCCGGUCCAGCUGCUACUUACCUCUGAAUGACAACCACACCUGGGGCGAGAGCGAGACGAACUGCACGGGCAUGGGGGCUCAUCUGGCCGCCAUCAGCACAGAAGCGGAGCAGAACUUUAUUGUUCAAUUGUUGGAUAGACGCUUUUCGUAUUUCCUGGGACUUUCAGAUGAGAACCACGAAGGCCAGUGGUUGUGGGUGGAUGAGACACCGUUUGACCCCAAAAUUUUAUUCUGGCAUGAAGGUGAACCCAACAACUAUCAAGAAGAAAACUGUGUUGUCCUUAUUAAUGUCGAAGACAAAUGGGGCUGGAAUGACUUUCCUUGUAACUUUGAGACAAGAAGGAUUUGUAAGUUACCUGGAACAACAUUCAGCUAGAAACUUCCAGAGGAGUCCUGUGAUGGUGACAGAAAAGAAGAACCAGUUAGACUAGGGCAACAUGUACCUGCACCAUGGGAGGGGCGACAAGAUGCUGAGGAAAUAGAACCAUUUUCAGUUAUGAGGG